UAGAAAUUGAGUCGCAUAUGGUUUUAAGGCGAUUAAGUGCUUCUGACAGACAUUUCAGCUGCACUGCAGACUGCGAAUAUUCUGCUGAUCUGUAAAAGUCUGUUUUGCUAUUCCAAUAGUGAAACAAAUGCAACUGCGUUUAUCACAGAGAUCUCGCUCCUCUUCCAAAAGCUGAGGAUCCGUUAAUCGACGUCCUGGUCAAACAUUUCACGUUUUGUAGCGCUCCAUGUAGAUCUCUUGAAUCUGUCAUCACAUCAUGUUGCCUUCUGUCGCGAUGCUUUUACUCUUUCUUUCUCCGUCGAGGAGUUCAAGACUGUGUAGUCACCUCUGCCAGUGCUAUGAACACUCAGACCUGGUGGAUUGCCAUGCCAGGGGUUUUGAGGAUAUCCCACAUGGACUUCCCCACGGCACCUGGCUCCUAGACCUUGGAGGAAACAAGCUUACGGAGAUCCGGAGUCGAGCUUUCGCUGGCCUUUGGUCUUUACGUAUUCUAGUGCUCUCGGACAGCAGCAUCCAGGUUCUUCAUACGCAGGCUUUUUUCUCUCUGUCCUAUCUGGAGAAGCUGGACAUGAGUCGUAACAACCUCACUAAGAUCCCUCCUAAUUUCUCUGAGAGCCUGUCUUCCCUGCGUGAAUUGCGGCUGGACCACAAUGCACUGGUGCUGUUGAAACCUCCAGGCCUAGAACAUCUGGAGAACCUUGUGAAGCUGGACCUCAGCCACAAUCGUAUCCAAUCUGUUGAACCUGGCGCGUUUCGUGGCCUGUCCCGCCUGCGCCACCUUUACCUCCAAGGGAACCGCCUGGGUGUUCUGCGAGACGGAUCCCUCACCAUGCUGCCCGGACUGGAAGUUCUGCUCCUGGGGAACAACAACAUCUCUCGGAUUGAGGUAAAUGCACUAGCACCAUUACACAGUCUUUCUCUGUUGGGCUUGGAGGCGAAUCAUCUGGAACACCUGAACUUCAAGACAUUGCUGAGCUUGCACACGGCUGCUACGCACCUGCAGUUGGCUGGGAACCCGUGGAACUGUGACUGCGACCUGCACCGUGUCUUCAGCAAGCUGCUUAGUGUGAGGCACCUCCUUGUGGACGACUAUCACAACGUAACAUGUCGGGAGCCCUGGCAGCUUGCCGGAGCCUCUUUGGCAUGGGUGGACAGCCAGUUGUGUGUGGCUGAGACUGUUACGGUGUUAGUCAUCACUGCUACUGUGAUUGUGACUGUCUUUGGUGCCUUGGUCAUGGCGGAGAGAAAACGCAAGAAAAAAUACUGGGAACAGAAUGAGGGGGAACCGCAAGAGCAGUGAGGUGACUUAUACAGGAGAACAAUACAGAUUGAAAAUACAGAUACGAUGGUCUUGCUUUGGCCUCUUUUCCCGACAAAGAGCAAAUACACGGAUUAAAGCGAGAAACUGUACUGAUACCAUUUGUUCUGAGUUGAUGUGGUGGUUGAAAUUGAGACUCUUAUAAUGCAAAUCUUGGAUAAAAGUAUUGGUAACUUGAAUCUGAUGUAAAUCUUUCUAAUAUGGGAUGUUUUUAGAUUACAAUAUGUGCUAGCUAACCAAUU